CCCGCUGCGGAGACCCCGGAACCUCGAAAGAAGGAGCGGCAACUCCGCCCCCCCCCCCCCCCCCCGCCGCGGAUAGCGGAGGCCCUUGUCGCCCCUCUGGCAGCCCGACCGCAGCCCUCGGGUUGGGAGCGAGCGAGGCUAUAGCGGCGGGAGGGAAAGGAGCGCGCCUUUUCGGCUCUGCCGUCCCCGGUCUCGAGCACGCCGGGGACCGGGACCCCCGGCUCUGGUGGGCGCCACGCGACACCCGGGCGCUUCCCGGGCCCGGCGGAACAAAAGACGGGCCGCGGCUGUUCCCGCCCGGAGUAGCACCGCUAAGCGCCGGGCCCCGCCGGAGCGCUUCCCGGGGCACCGGAAGCCGCCUCAGCGAAGAGGCUCGGGGCCGUGCCAGCUAGGGAGGCCGCGGGCCGGAGCGGCAGGAGCCGGGCCUUGAUAAAACAAAGAUGUUUCCUCACAUACAACGAUGCUGCUUCCACACACCUUUCAAACUCCAGAAGUUAACCGUUCCCAGACUACUGCUGUAUGGAAAGAAUAAGACAACUUGGUCUUCUCUCAGCCUCCAGCUGCAGAGAAAUGUGUGUCUUCUCUCAAGAUCUCCAAGCCUCAACCCAGCAUCAGUAUAUGCGACUAAGCUCCAGGCUUUUCAUACCUCUCCCCCCUUCUUCAAGAAGAAAACCCCCAAAGAAUCUGAGACCAAAGACUUGGGCGUCUUGCAACAAAGUAUGAAAUCACUGAAGGAUUCUCCCAAGCCAGCCCUCUACUUGAGCCUCGCAGGGCUAAUUCCAUUUGUUUCUGUUCCGCUGUUAAUGGCUGUCCAAGGGACCUACUACCCAGAGCUGGCGUUUGCUCAGAUUACGUAUGGUGCCGUAACAGUCUCUUUCCUAGGAGGAAAGAGGUGGGGGUUUGCUCUCCCGGAAAACAGCCCAGCCAAGCCAGACUGGCUGAACCUGGCUAACAGUACAGUUCCUCCUCUACUUGCCUGGCAAGCCUUACUUUUUAAAGAUAUCACACAUGGUGCAAUAAUGCUAGUAAUGGCCUUGGGGAUAGCACUACAUUAUGACCUUUCCCUUCUUCCUACUUAUCCUAGGUGGUUUAAAGUACUGAGGGUAGUGGGAACAGUGGUGAUGGUAUUAUCACUGUUAGCUACUGCAGCAUUGAAGACUAUUUCAGAGGAGCAGCUAAGUAACAGAAGAAAUAAAUGGCAGAACACAAAACAAUAAAUCAAUAGGAAAAAGCUAUCUAUCUGCCAAUAAGGUAUUUGUAUUGAGUUUUAGGGGAAGUAAAGACUUAUUUAUGCUUAGAAGUUGUAGGAUGGCAGGGAUCAAGAAGCUUAUUCUCAAAGUGAACAACUUCGCUAGUUUAGGAGGGAAGGAUUGUAAAUAGCAGUGACUUCCAAGGCAGGCAUGAGUCUGUCCUUAUCUGUAGAACAAAGCAUCACUCUUGAAGGAGAUGUUACUGUCAUAUGAAUUUAAAAUGGAGAUUCUAAUGACAUGCGUAUGAACUGCUCUAUGCUGAAUUAUUAAAGUAUCUGGUUUAACUAUAA